UGGGGAUUGAAUCGCCGCACAGCUUUGGCUGGCUGCUUCGGUGAAAUCGUUUUUCUGGUUGUCCAAGAAUAGAAGAGUUUUCGGAAUCCAUAAGCCCCGCAACGCUUGGCUCUAUCCCUAGUCAAUGGACCCUUCUAUCAGAUGCAACCCAUGGUGGCAAUGCUUGCACCAUCAUCCCUUCCACCAUCAUCAUCACAAUGCUCAUCAAUGCCACCGUAUUCGUCCCUUCUUCUGCUCUCACCAGUAUCACCAUCACCAUCACCAUCACCAUCACCAUCACCACCACCAUCACCAUCCCUUAUGCCCCCGUUUCGCUUCUCCUCCUCCUCUGAGUUCCCCUCUGAUUCCUUCAGACCCCCUGCCUGCUGUUUACGCUCCUGCGCCGAACGAUUUGAACUUGGAGGCUUCUGUUUCUCGAGAAAUUUGCAAUCCAAGCUCCCAGAUGUUGGAAGAGGCAAACGACGGAUUAGUAGAGGAAGAGGAGGAGCCUGUUUUUGUACUGAAUGAUGAAUGGGUGGAGUUCUUUGCAAAAUCUGAAGUACAAAGAAAAUUAGGUAAUAACUCUGUUAUUUUGCUUUCCCUGCCUAUUAAUAUUCUUGUAUAUCUGGCUUUUGAUAAUCUAUUGGCUUGUGAAACAGCAAAUAGAAAAAAAAGAGGCUAAGAAAGGGAAAUAUCGAACAGGAAGCUCUGGGGACAUCUUUUAACCAUUCAGUUCAUUUGAGAGAUGCUCCUGGCUUAUUUUCGGGAUUAAGAGCUUUCAUAGGAGUAGUAAGGGCAUCGUAUCACACACAUGCGUCCAUCCAAUGCAGCAAAUGUCAUUGAAAAAUGAAGGUCUUUGAGAUUGUUGAUAGGUCUCUUACCAGGAGAAGCUUACGGUCUGUUUGUUUUCCCUUGACAAAUGAUCUUCCUCUACGGCCAGUUUCGGGUACCAUGUUGCUUAGAUGUCAUUCACAAAAUUUCUAUAUGUCAAUGAAACGAAUGAUACCCUGUUUUGAAACUUUGGUGUGUAAAACUAUAGCAAUUUUGAUAUAUUAACUAUGCGUUGCCAAAGCAUGUAAA